CCUAGAGACUGAGAUAUAGUGGGUUUUAUCUUUUAGGGAAAACCUGUGAAAAUGGUGGUGAGGCUCCGAUUAGCGAGGUUCGGAUGCAAGAACCGGCCGUUCUAUCGGGUCAUGGCGGCCGAUAGCCGAUCUCCCAGAGACGGCAAGCACCUUGAAGUUUUGGGCUAUUACAAUCCCUUGCCAGGCCAAGAUGGGGGUAAACGAAUGGGUCUGAACUUUGAUAGAGUGAAGUAUUGGCUAUCUGUUGGAGCUCAGCCUUCAGAUCCUGUGCAGCGCCUUCUUUUCAGGGCAGGAUUAUUACCUCCAACACCAAUGAUGGCAAUGGCACGUAAGGGUGGGCCACGUGACACACGGCCUGUAGAUCCUAUGACUGGGCGGAUCCUGACUCCUGAGAAGCCAGCCAGUGCUGAUGAAGCCAAAGAUGCUGAAAACGCUGAAGAAAAAGAAGCUGAAAGUGCUGAAGUUAAUGAUGGGAGGUUGCAAGAAACGAUCUUCCAUAUCGGCUUGCAGGACAAGCAGCAUGGUAUUGGUCAGUUAUGAAAAUUAUUCCUAUAAUUGAAAGAGAGCAGCUUGUGAAGAGAUUCUUGUACUUGAUGUAGGACUAGGAUGUGUGAUCUAACUACUGUAUCACAUAUUUUCCAGAAAAUUACUGUAUGUGAAGGAUUUUAUUUAGAUUAUGAAAUAAGUUUAUAUUUCAGAUA